AUGACAGAUUUGUUGAGCUGCUCAUCACCUCAGCCUCAAGACAUUCAUCUUCCCUUUUCCUCUACCAAUGCUGCUCAAAGAGACGCGGUCACUUACAGUUGUGGAUCCUGUGGAUAUGAGUUGAACCUCAACUCUUGCAAUCGCAAUACCACAGUCAUUGGAUCAAAAUAUGGGAAAACAAUGAGGAGAGGGGUUCUAUCAUUUCUAUGCAUUGAUGAGAGCAGAUUUACUCAGAUAAGUAAACUUAGAUGCUCGCCCUAUUUCAGUACUAGUAAUAACAAUAGUACAAGUGGUGCUGCAAUACAUAUUGAUGUCAACUCAGAUGCUGCAGCAUUAGCAACACCUAAUUGUUGGGAUGGACUGUCAGCUUGUACAACUAAUUACGAAAUCAAGAUAUGUGCAUUAAGGCCAUCUGCACUUGAUGUAGACAGAAUUGACAAGAUUCUAAGAAUAGAUCUUAUUGAUCUUCCUGCCAAAAAUCCUUUAAUUUUGGCAUCUUUCUUCGGAAAUCCAUGCCUGAUUGAUUUGGAAUUUAAGAACAGAAACACAAUGGAUCAUUCCUGCAAUAGAAUUGCUAACACUUUGCGUUAUUUCUUCUUCAUCGCCAUUUUGCUUCUCUUCAUAAAUGCAAGUACUGCAGAAACACACUACCAUGAUUUCGUUAUUCAAGCAACACCAGUAAAGAGGCUGUGCAAGAUCCAUAACACUAUAACAGUGAAUGGACAAUUCCCUGGACCAACAUUGGAAGUGAACAACGGUGAUACUUUAGUCAUCAACGUAGUCAACAGAGCUCGAUAUAAUGUCACCAUUCACUGGCAUGGAAUCAAGCAAAUAAGAACAGCAUGGGCAGAUGGACCAGAAUUUAUAACACAAUGUCCAAUUAGACCAGGAGGGAGUUACACUUACCGCUUCACAAUUCAAGGACAGGAAGGCACACUUUGGUGGCACGCUCACAGUUCAUGGCUCAGGGCCACUGUUUACGGAGCAUUAAUCAUCUACCCAAAAGAAGGAGAAUUCUACCCAUUUUCUAAGCCCAAAAGAGAGACACCUAUUCUGCUUGGUGAGUGGUGGGAUGCAAAUCCUAUUGACGUUGUAAGACAAGCCACGAGAACAGGAGCAGCUCCUAAUGUAUCAGAUGCUUACACCAUUAAUGGUCAACCGGGUGAUCUCUACAGGUGUUCGAGUAAAGUACCUUUUUUUUNUGAAAAUCACCCAAUCCAUCUUCAUGGAUAUGAUUUUUACAUUAUCGCGGAGGGCUUUGGGAACUUUAAUCCUCAAACUGAUACAGCUAAAUUCAACCUUGUUGAUCCACCUACCCGAAACACGGCAAGUGUACCUGUCAAUGGAUGGUCAGUUAUCAGAUUUGUUGCUAACAAUCCAGGAGUCUGGUUAAUGCAUUGUCACCUGGAUGUUCAUAUUACAUGGGGUUUGGCCAUGUCAUUCCUGGUGGAAAAUGGAGUUAGUGAAUUGGAAUCAUUAGAAGAGCCUCCGGUCGAUUUGCCUGUUUGUUGACAAACACAAUAUGCACAAUGAUUCAAUGAAACAUAACU